AUGUCCGACGCCGAAGCCGCGAUAGCCGGAGUGGGCUUUUUGUACAUCCUCCAAGUCUACUGUCAAGUUCGCGAUGGUCGAUCUCCCGACCCGAGACUAGAAGGAUAUCUCGAGAGUGCGGAGGCUUGCUUCAACCAGAUGAAGUCCUCAGCAGCCACUCAAACCCACGGGUUAAGCAGCGACCAAGAACAGAUCGUCAAUGUUGGCCAAAUGUUACACGACUCUAUGGCAAAGCUACAAUCCAAAUUUGCCGAGCUCCAUCUUAAUGAUGCAUCUAAACGUGGAAUCCAUGGGAAGUUGCGGGCAGGGAAAAAGGCUGUGGCAUCUAUGUGGUACUCCAAAGAAAUCGAAGGUCUUGAGGAAAAUCUCAAAAGAUACGAAGGCCUUUUCCGCAGUGCCAUGCUUCAUCGCGUGUGCAAACAGGUUCAGGCUACAGAAAUUCGGUCAAACCAAAACUUCCAACAACUCAACACGGGUCUACAAUCAUUUAUUAUAAAGCUAGUUGAUGGUUGUACCAAGAUAUCUGAGCUGUCACUUGCAUCACUUGACACAAGAUGCCAAAUGGCUUAA